GUAAAAAGGGGUCCAUUGCGCAGAAUCUCUGCUCGCUUACGAUUAAUUUACAGAAGAGAGGAACAUCUCCAUCUCUCAGGAUGCAAGAGUAGCGCGGUGGACAGUGCAGCUGCAUGGUUCUGGAGGACAAAAAAAGUUGCGCAAAAAGCCCAACCCUGUGCCAAGAGACCUUUUUUGGUUUUGUAGUUAGGUGAGUGGCACGAUGUCGGCUCUACGGAGGAAAUUUGGAGGGGACUAUCAGGUGGUGAACACCAGCAGAAGCAUGACUUUUUCUGCACCGGUGAAGAGGAAGCGGCAGCGCUUCGUGGAGAAGAACGGCCGCUGCAACGUCCAGCACGGUAACCUUGGCGGGGAGACCAGCAGGUACCUCUCCGAUCUCUUCACCACGCUGGUGGAUCUCAAGUGGCGUUGGAACCUGCUCAUCUUCAUCCUCACCUACACCGUGGCGUGGCUGGUCAUGGCUUCAAUGUGGUGGGUGAUCGCGUACAUCCGUGGAGACUUAAGCAACGGUGGCCACGACCCGUCCUACACCCCGUGCGUCGCCAAUGUGUACAACUUUCCCUCCGCGUUCCUCUUCUUCAUCGAGACCGAGGCUACCAUCGGCUACGGCUCGCGCUACAUCACAGAAAAGUGCCCAGAAGGCAUCAUCCUCUUCCUCUUCCAGUCCCUGCUGGGCUCCAUCGUGGACGCCUUCCUCAUCGGCUGCAUGUUCAUCAAGAUGUCGCAGCCGAAGAAGCGCGCGGAGACGCUCAUGUUCAGCCAGGACGCGGUGAUUUCGCAGCGGGACGGAAAGUUGUGCCUCAUGUUUCGAGUGGGGAAUCUGCGUAACAGCCACAUGGUGUCCGCGCAGAUCAGGUGCAAACUCAUCAAGUCUAGACAGACCCCGGAAGGAGAGUUCCUGCCCCUGGAUCAGUGUGAGCUGGACGUAGGAUUUGGCACGGGGGCCGAUCAACUUUUCCUGGUGUCACCUCUUACCAUCUGUCAUGAGAUCAACACCAAGAGCCCUUUCUUUGAUCUCUCCCAGCGCUCGCUCAUGAACGAGCAAUUUGAGAUAGUAGUUAUUCUGGAGGGCAUUGUGGAAACUACAGGAAUGACUUGCCAGGCGAGAACAUCUUACACUGAGGAUGAAGUCCUUUGGGGCCAUCGCUUUCUCCCUGUCAUGUCGCUUGAAGAAGGAUUCUUCAGAGUGGACUACUCUCAAUUCCACAACACCUUUGAGGUUCCCACUCCUCCCUACAGUGUCAAAGAACAGGAGGAGAAAUCCUCUCUGUCAUCACCGAAUCCUAUACCGUUGGCUCCCACUCUUCCCUCCCCAGUGCUGGGCAACAGAGUAGUUCGCCGGGAAAGGCUCCUGUCAGCCGACCAUGCAGAGCACCCUGAGGGCCAGGCCUCUAGGCUGCCCAGCAAACUUCAGCGGAUGAGCUCCACCAAAGAGGAGCACCUGUGGAGGGCGCUAAAGACAGGGACAGCUUUGCCCGGGGGUAAAGCCUCCAGCACAGGAGACCUUUCGCUCAGUAUCCAGCGGUUUAGGUCCAGUUCUAUCCCAGCAGUGAAGCAAGGACAGCCUGAGGAGCAAGUUAAACUCCUGUCCCUCGACCUUGAUGCUGAGGAAGGGGAUUUGGUGAAACACAGACAGCCAGCAGCAAUUAACACCAUUGCAACACCAGCACCAGUCCAAUUCUCUUUGGUGGGGAAUCGGCCAGAAGACAAUCUACCCCCAAAACUGCGUAAAAUGAAUGCUGAUCGCUAAAAAAAA